UUUUUACACAAUAUGAAGUAACGGCUCUCCCAGCAGCUCCCUGAGUCACAUGGCAGGAAGUUGUCCAGAUAUCCGCAGGGCCCUCUGAAAAAAGAGCGAGUGAACAAAGUGGGCUGGGUGGUGGAGUUGGAAGGUGUUGGUGGCAGCGGUGAUGGGGAUUUGGUGACUUCACUCACAGUUAACUAUUCAUUCUGAGCAGCCGGGCUGCAGCUACGGAAGAGCUACAGCGUCUUUUCAGUACGUGAAAUAGAGAGUCUCAUCUGAGCGUUGGCACAUCAGAAGCAGUUUGUAGUGGAAUAAUACCACACAGCUGGACUGGAGGACGGCUUUUUGAGAAGAAGGGGCCAGCACCUGGUGACCGGGACGGCCUGAAGAUGAUAGCUCUGAGGACGUUUGUUCUUCUGGCACUGAGCUUGACAUGUCAAGCUGCAUCUGGUGAUCCAUGGGGCCACUGCCCAGUGAACCGAAAAUGUAAAGAAAAGUUCGCAGAUGGGACGUGUAACAGAGAGUGUACGGACCCUGAGUGUCUUAGAGACGGCUUUGACUGCCUGAAGGACAGGGUUCCCUGCAACCCGGGCCACAUUCACUACUGCCGUGAUCAUUUUGCCAACUCCCUCUGUGAUCAGGGAUGUGAUAGCGCGGCCUGUGGAUGGGACAGCAGCGAAUGCUUCAAACACCAGAGCCCCGUGUGGGCUAAAGGCACCCUGAUCCUACACACUCGAAUCCCACAUCAACGUGGCGCCUCGUUCAACAGCUCCGUGCUCUGGGCACUCAGCGUCCUCCUCCUGUCACCGCUCAAGCUGAGAGACUCCGUGCCCCUCGCCACCACCAGGAAUUUGUUCGACUUUAAUGCUCAGGAGCUUGCUAACAUGCUGGUGCAGGCGUCACCAGCAGACUCAGAUGGCUCCCUCCUUUUCCUCCAAGUGGACAACAGGCCAUGCUCCCGUUCACCCUCUACCUGUUUCCCUUAUGCAACCGAGGCCGCAAAUUUCCUGCGUGCUGUAAAGGAACUAAAACCUACCUCUUUCCCCAACCUCUCAGAGCUGGAUGCCGUCAUCAGCAUUAGAGGUGUCCGAGAGGAAAUAGGAAGCAGAGAGGAGGAAAAGGAAGUUGAAGAGCCGACUCCCGCAUGGCUUUGGGCCGUAGUUGCCAUAGCUAUUGGGCUUCUGCUGCUGCUGCCUCUCGUGGUAAUCCUGGUAGUGAGGAGGGUGAGGCAGCAGCGGGCAAAGAGGAACAGUACCGACAGGGUGCAGCACCGGUCUAAAGUCACCGACAGUGACAGCAAAGCCAAGGCCUGGAUACAGCAUGCUACACACCAAGAACAACGGGUCAGAACCAGCAGAGAGAAAGAUAAGGUCAGCUUGAAGAAAAAGAAAAAGGCCAAGGAAGCAGAAAAAAAGAGAAGGAGGGAACCGCUAGGGGAGGAUGCCAUGCGAAUGCGGCCUCUUAAGAGGGACCAGGAUAUAGGAAGUGACACAGACUUUACUCAGAGUUCAAUGGAGGACCUCAGUGUGAGAUGCUCCAGACGUCAGGACGAUGCCUCCAUCUGUGACCACAGGACCCAGGAGCAGAAACACUACCGUGCUGGAGCCGCUCAGCCCCGCAGAGCUAUACAGUCUCCACCUAGAGGUUGGGAGAGGAAUGCCAUGCCUCCUCCUCUGCUCAGUCCUCCUCAGCAGUCUGCAGAGUGGUGUGGCCCAGAUGGGUCUGUGGUUCUGAUCCGAGCAGUGCGUAGUGGGCUGGACAGAGUGGUCUUGGAGCUUCUGCGAGCAGGAGUGCCAGUCAACAAUACAGAUCAUACUGGGAGAUCAGCCCUGCACUGGGCAUGCUCAGUAAACCACCUCUCACUAGCAAGGACCCUCAUUCGCUACGGUGCUGCUGUGGACCUACAAGACAAUAAGGGCGAAACAGCACUCUUCCUCUCUGCCCUCCAUGGCUGCUAUGACACUGCCAGACUUCUUCUUCUUCAUGGUGCCAAUCUUGAGCUGCACGACCGGAGGGGACGCCGGCCAAUUGACGUGGCCAGAGAGGGAAUGCGUCACCAAGUGCUGGAACUCCUGUUGGCUCAUGAGAUCCAGAGAGGACCCAUCCCUGUGGACACGGGAAGCGACAUGAUGUGGGAGGAGCGCACUCUGAUGUACUCACCGUGGGUGGGCUCACAAGGCCUGCCUGGAAGAAGUGCCUCCUUCUCUGGUAUCAUAGGGCAUCGGGAUAUGACCCCACCAGUACAAAAUGAUUGGUCCAUGGGCCGAGUGCAGUACCCUCCGCCUCAGAACUGGCGACCCCAGCUCAACCAGUCAGCAACAGCUCUCGUUCCUCCACGGGUCAUGGGCCGCUCCCCUCGGCCAAUCAGCACCUUACAAGAGGUAACAUCAGAAGACGAGGACCGUGACAGGCAUCAGGAAGUCCCCAGAGCUGCCACGCCUCACUUCCUGUCCCCCCAGCCUGCCCCUCGGCAGCGUUCCUUUUCCUGCACCCAGCACGCACUGCAGCGCCGCUCUAGCGCCCACCAGCCAGAACCCAAUUACCUUAUAGUGUCAGACAGAGCACCCAAUGAGCCCGUAGAGAGAGUAGUUGUUUCCCCUCCCACCGAUACUGCUACCCCACCAGAACACCAGCCAGCUGCAAACGGAGACAGUGUUAUUAGAGUAGAGCAAGCAGCACUGAGUUCAACAAACUCGGAGCAGAAGUCCAGAAGUGAGAGGUUAAACAACAUGAGUGACUCCACACAAACAGCCCUGUAGGAAAGGAAAUUCAGCUUCCUUUAGAGACACCCAGUUUUAGUUUGUCAUUCGGUGCAAAGCCCUAAGCUGGACUUUAAUUGUUUGUAUCCAGUGUUUCUUUGCCCAUUGCUUCUUAAGUGGAUUGGUGUCAGACUAAUACACAACAGCAUAGAGAGAUAUUCCUUCCCUUAUUACCUCUUUUUUAAUUAUUUCUUUUUAAAUCAGCCUCAUGUAAAUAAUUGUUUUCUUGUUUUGUUAAGAUUGAGGGAUACUGUUGUAAAUGUUCUCUUAUAUGGCAUGUUCAGAUUUUGUAAAUAAUAAAACUGAAUGUCUAAGAUGAAUUCUACUCAAAUAUGCAACAGCUGGUAUUCAUUGAAGAAAUAUUCAAGGAAAAAUAAAUGAAUAACACAUGCAUAGCUGCACAGAGAUGUCAGGGAUGCAUGCAAUAAAGUGACUUUUUGUUGA